ACUCGCCUCCUAAAUUUCUCACCCACUCUCUCAUAUCCAAAACAACCACACAAUCAAUCCAUACUCUAGAGAGUGUGUUUAUUCUAAGUAGAAGAGCAUUCGCAUAUUCAUCAAUGGCGGUCCCAUUCGCAACCCUAUCGCCGAACGUUGGCUCGCUCUCGAGCCCAAGAAGCCUAUCGCAGAUCAAAUUUCUCAGCCCUAAUUGUAGCUGUAGUACAAAGCUUCCCAAGUCUACAUUGGCAUCUUGUACAUCUUUGUCUUCGUCGAGCUUGUUUUCGGGCUCGUUGCGUCUCGCUCCUCUCACUAGCGGUACUUCUUUGCAGAGAAAAAAUGGCCAUGUUAGCUCGAUUCGGGCCUCUGUUCAGGAAGCUGAAUUACAAUCAAAAGUAACCAGCAAAGUGUAUUUUGAUAUAAGCAUUGGGAAUCCAGUAGGGAAGCUUGUUGGGAGGAUUGUGAUCGGAUUGUUUGGUGAUGAUGUGCCACAGACAGCUGAGAACUUCCGUGCUCUUUGCACAGGAGAGAAGGGCUUUGGUUACAAAGGCUCUGCAUUCCAUCGUGUGAUCAAGGACUUUAUGAUUCAAGGAGGAGACUUUGAUAAAGGAAAUGGAACUGGUGGUAAAAGUAUAUAUGGCCGUACAUUCAAAGAUGAAAACUUCAAGUUGAUUCAUACUGGACCUGGAGUUAUUAGCAUGGCGAAUGCAGGUCCCAAUACCAAUGGAAGCCAAUUCUUUAUAUGCACUGUCAAGACGCCGUGGCUAGAUCAGAGGCAUGUUGUGUUCGGGCAAGUUUUGGAGGGCAUGGACAUCGUUAAGCUGAUUGAGUCACAAGACACAGACAGAGGUGAUCGUCCUGUGAAGAGGGUGGUCAUCAGCGACUGUGGCGAGCUCCCAAUGGUCUGAGGUGGAAACUCAUUACAUCUUGACGCUCCUGUUACUUUCUCUUUCAGUUUUUGAAUUACUGCUCCCAAUCUAGAGAAAUUUUUGAUCAAAUGAGGUUUUCUACAACCCAAAGUUUCGUUUUCCAGUUUUUGUAUCUCCAAGGUCAGAUAAACUGAUACUGUGAAUCAGUAGAUUUUUUAAAGAACUCUAAACCAGAAGACCGUCGGUAGCAUUCUUGGAUAUACAAGACAAGAAUGUUAUUUGAAUUGGUCUGUCUGUUAUGUUAGCCCCAGAACUUUCAUGACAUCUUUGAGUUUUGGAUUAA